AUGCAGCCACGGCCCCUGGCGGCGGUGGCGGUGGCCUCCGCGCCUUUCCCGCCGUCAUGGGCGCACCAGGUCCGCGAGGCGGCGACCCAGGGGGACUUCCACCACGCCAUCGCACUCUUCCUCCGGAUGCGCGCCGCCGACGCCCCCGCCGCGCCCCGCUCCGCCGUCCCGGCGUCCCUCCCGGCCGCGCUCAAGUGCUGCUCCGCCCUCGGCCUCCCCGCCCUCGGCGCGUCCCUCCACGCGCUCGCGCUCCGCUCCGGCGCCUUCGCCGACCGCUUCACCGCCAACGCGCUCCUCAACCUCUACUGCAAGCUCCCUGCAGCGCCGUGCCGCUCCCCCGGGACGGAAGACGCGGCAGGGGAGUCGUUGGAGAGCAUGCGGAAGGUGUUCGACGAAAUGACCGAGAAGGACCCCGUGUCCUGGAACACGCUGGUGUUCGGGUGUGCGGAGAAGGGGAGGCACCAAGAGGCUCUGGUAGUGCUCAGGGAGAUGUGGAUAGAUGGGUGCAAGCCAAACUCGUUUACCUUGUCGAGUGUGCUGCCGAUCUUCGCCAAGUGCUCCGACGCCAGGAGGGGAAUGGAAGUCCAUGGCUUUGCAACCAGGAACGGUUUUGUUGAUGAUGUGUUCGUUGGCAGCAGCUUGAUCGAUAUGUACGCAAACUGCACUCAAACGGAUUACUCGGUCAAGGUGUUCGACAGUCUCCCGUGCCGCGAUGCUAUCCUGUGGAACUCAAUGCUUGCGGGGUGUGCACAGAAUGGGUCUGUGGAGGAGGCUCUUCGAAUAUUUCGCCGCAUGCUGCAUUCUGGAGUUAGACCUCUGCCUCGUACUUUCUCGAGCCUCAUACCUGCCUGUGGAAAUGUUGCUUCGUUGCUUCUCGGCAAGCAGCUGCAUGCGUACGUCAUCUUUGGAGGGUUUGACGGUAAUAUGUUCAUAUCUAGCUCCCUGAUUGACAUGUAUUGCAAAUGUGGAAACGUGAGCAUAGCUCGUCACAUCUUUGAUCGAAUGCAGUCACCUGAUACUGUAUCCUGGACUGCAAUGAUCAUGGGACAUGCUUUACAUGGUCCAGCAAGAGAGGCUCUGUUGUUGUUUGACAGGAUGGAGUUGGGAAAUGUGAAGCCUAAUCAUAUCACGUUUAUAGCCGUUUUAACUGCGUGCAGUCAUGCUGGAUUGGUGGACGAGGGCCGGAAGUAUUUCAACAGAAUGUCGGACCAUCACGGCAUUGUUCCCUCUCUUGAGCAUUAUGGAGCACUUGCAGAUAUUCUUGGCCGUGCAGGGGAGUUGGAAGAAGCCUACAAUUUCAUCUCUAAGAUGCAAAUAAAACCAACCGCAAGUGUCUGGUCCACGUUGUUAAGGGCUUGCAAGGUCCACAAAAAUACCGUGUUAGCUGAAAAAGUUGCCAAGAAAAUAUUUGAGCUUGAACCUAGGAGCAUGGGAUCUCAUGUAAUUUUAUCGAACACGUAUUCGUGUUCUGGGAGAUGGAAUGAAGCAGCACACCUGAGGCGAUCUAUGAGAAAGAAGGGCAUGAAGAAGGAACCAGCUUGCAGUUGGAUUGAAUUGAAGAACAAACGGCAUGUUUUUGUAGCUCAUGAUAAGUCCCAUCCUUGGUAUGAAAGGAUUAUUGGUGCACUUAAUAUUUUCUCAGAGCAGAUGACACGUCAAGGUUAUGUUCCCAAUACAGAGGAUGUUUUCCAGGAUCUUGAAGAAGAGCAGAAGAGCCAUGUGUUAUGUGGUCACAGUGAAAAACUUGCUAUGGUAUUUGGUAUUUUGAAUACACCUCCUGGAACAACAGUUCGUGUGAUGAAAAAUCUUCGAAUUUGUGUUGACUGCCACACGGUAACAAAAUUUCUUUCAAAGAUAGCUCAGAGGGAGAUUGUUAUGCGUGAUGCAAACCGUUUCCACCAUUUUAAGGAUGGAACCUGUUCUUGCGGUGACUUUUGGUGA